GGGCGGGGCGCGCGCGGCGGCCAUGGCGGAGCGGGGCGGCGGCGGCGCGGGGGCCGGCGAGGGCGAGGCCGCGGCGGAGCGGUUCGGCGGAGACAUCAGAAUGGCUCAGCAGCAGGCACUGCGGUUCCGCGGCCCUGCUCCCCCACCGAACGCGGUAAUGAGGGGCCCACCGCCUCUCCUGCGACCACCUCCACCCUUCGGCAUGAUGCGAGGGCCCCCUCCACCGCCUCGGCCCCCUUUUGGGCGCCCGCCCUUUGAUCCAAACAUGCCUCCCAUGCCACCUCCAGGAGGGAUUCCUCCACCAAUGGGACCUCCACAUUUACAGAGACCACCAUUUAUGCCUCCUCCCAUGGGAAGCAUGCCACCACCGCCUGGUAUGAUGUUCCCUCCAGGAAUGCCUCCUGUCAGUGCCCCUGGGACACCAGCAAUGCCCCCAGCUGAAGAGAUAUGGGUAGAAAACAAAACUCCAGAUGGCAAGGUCUAUUUCUAUAACGCACGCACACGCGAGUCAGCAUGGACCAAGCCGGAUGGGGUCAAAGUGAUUCAGCAGUCGGAGCUGACACCAAUGCUGGCAGCACAGGCGCAGGCCCAGGCGCAAGCAGUAGGUGCCUCCACCCCUACCACCAGCAGCCCUGCGUCUGCAGCCUCUCCAUCCACCUCCUCAAGCACCCAGUCCUCCACAACCUCUACCACAACCACAGCCACUUCAGUUUCACAGACGAUUUCCACACCUACCACCCAAGACCAGACCCCGAGUUCGGGUGUUUCAGUUGCCACACCAUCAGUCAGUGUUUCAACCUCUGCUCCUUCUGCUACACCUGUGCAGACUGUACCCCAGGCAGUCCCACAGACAUUGCCUCCUGCAGUUCCUCAUGCAGUACCUCAACCAACUGCAGCAAUUCCUGCUUUUCCACCAGUAAUGGUACCUCCAUUUCGUGUCCCCCUUCCUGGCAUGCCUAUUCCACUUCCAGGUGUAGCAAUGAUGCAAAUAGUCAGCUGCCCGUAUGUAAAGACAGUCGCUACCACCAAGACCGGAGUUCUGCCAGGCAUGGCCCCUCCCAUUGUUCCCAUGAUCCAUCCCCAGGUUGCCAUUGCCGCUUCGCCUGCCACGCUGGCCGGAGCAACAACUGUCUCUGAAUGGACAGAGUACAAAACAGCAGAUGGAAAGACUUACUAUUAUAACAACCGGACCUUGGAGUCAACAUGGGAAAAACCCCAAGAAUUGAAAGAAAAAGAAAAAAUGGAAGAGAAGAUUAAAGAGCCAAUUAAAGAACCUACGGAGGAGCCUUUACCAAUGGAGACAGAAGAGGAAGAGCCAAAAGAAGAACCUAUAAAAGAACUUAUAAAGGAGGAGCCAAAAGAGGAAGAAAUGACUGAAGAAGAGAAAGCAGCUCAGAAGGCCAAGCCAGUUGCAACCACUCCUAUCCCAGGAACCCCAUGGUGCGUGGUGUGGACUGGUGAUGAGCGCGUUUUCUUCUAUAACCCUACCACACGUCUUUCCAUGUGGGACCGACCAGAUGACCUGAUUGGGAGAGCUGACGUGGACAAAAUUAUUCAAGAACCACCUCACAAAAAGGGAAUGGAAGAAGGAAAAAAACUUAUUAGAGAAGAGCAUGAAUCUACUGAGGAUGCAAAUGAAGAUGAGCCUAUUAAAAUUAAAAAGCGCAAGAAAGAUGAUAACAAAGAUAUUGAUUCAGAGAAGGAGGCUGCUAUGGAAGCUGAAAUUAAAGCCGCUCGAGAGAGAGCCAUUGUCCCUCUGGAGGCUCGGAUGAAACAAUUCAAGGACAUGCUUCUAGAAAGAGGGGUCUCUGCUUUUUCAACGUGGGAGAAGGAGCUACACAAGAUAGUUUUUGAUCCUCGGUACUUACUUCUCAACCCAAAAGAAAGAAAACAGGUAUUUGAUCAGUACGUGAAAACCCGAGCAGAAGAAGAGCGCAAGGAGAAGAAAAACAAAAUAAUGCAGGCCAAGGAGGAUUUCAAGAAAAUGAUGGAAGAAGCAAAGAUUAACCCAAGAACUACUUUUAGUGAAUUUGCAGCCAAGCAUGCUAAAGACUCGAGAUUCAAGGCAAUUGAAAAGAUGAAAGAUCGAGAGGCCUUGUUUAAUGAGUUUAUCACAGCGGCAAGAAAGAAGGAAAAAGAAGAUUCGAAGACCAGAGGCGAGAAGAUCAAAAUGGACUUCUUUGAACUGCUGGCAAAUCACCACCUGGACAGUCAGUCUCGCUGGAGCAAAGUGAAGGACAAAGUAGAGACUGACCCACGUUACAAAGCAGUGGAUAGCUCUUCGCAGAGGGAGGACCUGUUCAAGCAGUACAUAGAGAAAAUAGCUAAGAAUUUAGAUUCUGAGAAAGAAAAGGAGCUGGAGAGACAAGCACGCAUUGAGGCGAGUUUGCGUGAACGAGAAAGGGAAGUCCAGAAAGCUCGUUCGGAGCAGACCAAGGAAAUUGAUAGAGAACGUGAGCAGCACAAACGGGAGGAAGCUAUCCAGAACUUCAAAGCGCUUCUGUCUGACAUGGUGCGUUCUUCAGAUGUGUCGUGGUCUGAUACCAGAAGGACUCUACGCAAAGAUCAUCGAUGGGAGUCUGGCUCCUUGCUGGAAAGAGAAGAGAAAGAGAAGCUGUUUAAUGAACACAUCGAAGCACUUACCAAAAAGAAGAGGGAACACUUCAGGCAACUCCUGGAUGAAACUUCAGCAAUAACUUUAACAUCAACAUGGAAAGAAGUAAAAAAAAUCAUUAAAGAAGAUCCAAGGUGCAUUAAAUUUUCUUCAAGUGACAGGAAAAAGCAAAGGGAGUUUGAGGAAUACAUUAGAGACAAGUACAUCACUGCCAAAGCCGACUUCCGAACGCUAUUGAAAGAGACCAAAUUCAUAACGUACAGAUCCAAAAAGUUGAUCCAGGAGUCAGAUCAGCAUCUGAAGGAUGUUGAGAAGAUACUACAGAAUGACAAGCGAUACCUGGUACUUGACUGUGUGCCAGAAGAGAGACGCAAGCUCAUUGUGUCCUACGUAGACGACCUGGACCGUCGAGGGCCGCCCCCACCCCCCACAGCUUCGGAGCCGACCAGACGAACAACAAAAUAGAUAGGAAAUGCUCUUAAGCCAAGGGUAUCUGUUAAAUCAAAAAGCUUGCAUGAGCCAUCUGUCAGGUUUAUACAUACACAUUACCGUGAAUUUAUUGCAAAACCAUCUGAGGAGCAGAGAGAGAAGCAGCAUUUGUGAACAUAAAAUGGUCUUGGGAGGGGGAACCAACAACAAAUGACCCACAUUAAAGAUAUUUAUGAGUUUCUUUGGGGCAUGACUUACAAAAAUCCAAACGUUUGGGCUGUGUUUGGUAACUUCACAUCUCGGAGCAGUGCAGUGUCUGAAUGCGGCGUGGAUAUCUGAAGUCUGGUUGUCUUCCUCAGCACUAUUGUGUUGUGAGUCCUGAGGAUGGUCAGGCUUGUGGUUUGAGCCUGCACUGCUUGUGCCACCAGCGACCAACAGCCCCUGCCGUCCCUGGCCCAGGAGGUGCAAGGCCGUCUGAGAGCCUGAACUAUUGGUUACUGAGGACCGCAUUCUGCAAACACAGGUUGCAGUUCUCUGCUUCCUUUCACCCAUGUAGAUGGACCUAAAUCCAUUCAAGUCAGAGUUAGAACUGAGAAAGGAGAAUUAGGACCAAGAGACCAAAGUAAAUUUGUUCACAGGUCUGCAUUGUUCCUUCCCCUACCCGUGAAUUAGAAGAAGAAUCAGGUUGCUCUGCCCAAGUGAGUAUUUGUCUAAUAAUUUUUACCCAAAGCUGGGAAGAGUUGUUCAAUAACAGUGGUCGCUGGAGCAGCACAGGGCGGUUGUACAAACACCUUUUUAUUUACGAUAAAGUGAUCUUUACAUAUUUCUGGAUUAGACUGUGGAUUUCCCCUCUGGGCGAUUCUUGUAAACUAUACUCCUGUUUUGGAUGUUCAACUUGUGUUUCUAAAGUUUAAUUUUGAAAUGUUGGGAUCGUUCAGGUUAUGUAUUUGAACUACAAUAAACCAACCCUUUUUAUAUAUGGAUUGUACAGGCCUAAUACCAGUUUUUGUUGGAUUUUGUUGGACUUGUGCAUUUAUGAGUAAAGCAAACAACUGAAGCCUUACCGCCUAAAUUCUGUGUUUGGCAGAACAGAACCCAUGGUUCUGUGCAGCAUCAGGCUGGUCUCCAGCAGCAGCAUUCAGGUCAGUGUGAGUGCCAGGGAGUACCCAGCAAAGGCACAUUCUAGUUCUGUUCUUCAGUCUUUUGCUUAAAUAUGAGGUGGUAGGAACUGCGGUGGCAAAGUAUUUCCUCCUCUUUCUUCUGUAUUUGAUAUGGAUCUCUUCCUCCAAGUUCAUUCUUUCAUGAGAAACUGUUUUUUCCAGCAGUUCCUGUUUUGAUGGCCAGCUACAGGGACGUACAGUCUGAGCACCAAGGCAGAAGGUUGUUCACAAGGGCUUAGCCAGCGUGGGAAGGGGAUUGUGCUGCUGACCUCUGGAAAGCGGUGCCCGCCGUAAGAAUAGGUUCCCUUGAUCCAUGGCCGGCGUCCCUCCUCAGUGCCUGCUGGCUCCAGCAGCAUCGUGGUGCCCAAGCAGUUGGAAACCAGCAUCAGGUGAUGCCGAUGCCUUUGGCCUGUCCUGUGCUGUGUCCAGUCUUGGCAUGGGGAGGGUCUCUCGGGCUGCCCUCACCACCAUUUUAAGGUCAAACCCCAAAGGCUUCUCCACAGCAGCCUUUGCCAUCUCCUGCGCUGUACCCACAGCCCUGCGUUACCUGCAGACAUUCCUGUGUGGGUUGGGUCUAAUUUAAAAUUUCAUUUUAACGAAUGAACUGAGUGUUUGUUAAGCUGCAGCACGGGCAGGGUCUGGCAGUGAAGGGUCAGACUGCCCCAGCAGACAGUGGUGCCGUUGACUAACACAUCUGCUCGUUCCAGUGCUGGGCUGCUGGCAGUGCAGCAUCCUCCGAAUCUCCAGGUGCAGGGGGCCCCACAGAGUCCCUUCGGCACUGACACCGUGUCCAGGGCCACAUCUGGGACAUAGAGGGUGACCAGAAUGAGAUGCUGGUGGUGGGAAUCACAGCACUGCACCCGCUCACCUUGAGAACACUGCACAGCCCAGCUCUGCCAGUAAAUGGAUUUAUUUUUGCCCAGCUUUACGCGUCCCACAGGAAGCCAGGCAUUUUUUAUGGCUGGUUUAAAAUACGGUUAACUUGUUCAUUAAAUGAAUAAGAUUGCUAUUAAUUUAAAUUUAUCUUGUUUACAGAGACCAGAUGUUCAUUAACACUUAUUUAUUCGCUGAUUCUGCAGAUAAAGCAAUUAGGCUUGAGGAGCUGAGCCCCUCGCGCAGGGAGGUGCUGCUGAUGCACUGCAGUGAUGCUGCCAGAGGACGCUGGUGAUGCUCACCGUCAUGGAGCUGGUCCCCUGCCCCCACAGUACCUCGGGCACGGUCCCUGGUGUCCCCCAGGGGCAGCUGAAGCUGUGUUUGGUUUCUAUGAGAUUUGGUGUUUGAUCAGGUGCUGAGGCGAGGACUCAAUAAUCCCCCCAGAGCAGCUCCUAUGUGGGCAUGAUUCCACUCCUCUGGUCCUGCAAAUGAUAGGCAAAGGGGAGUGUGGAUCGCGUUACCAGUGGCUCCAGCUUGUGGCAGAGACCUGGGUAAAUGCAACUGUUCACCGCCUGCCUGGCUUUGCCUUGCCAGCCCCUGAUGCCAGGCAGAGUUCUGAUGGGGCUCAACUCCCACCCCCGGCAUCAUCACCAUACAGAAGGGUCCAGCAGCUCCAUUUUCCAGCAGCCAGGCUGCAGGGCAGGAGUAACAGCCCUUGUCACUCCACAUAGCCCUGUGAUUGAUAAUACUUUGUGCUGAGGCUGCGCUGUGGGGCAGUGUUUGGGAUGUUUGGGAACGUUGCUCCUCACAUGAGCAAGCAGGGCAUCAAUUACGGGCUGGCAGCCUUGGACACUGCACACUCCGGGCAGCAUCCUGCCCACAGCAUCAGACAAUGCCACUUGCACAGCAGGUGCACUGGCCCUCAUACAGUAUCCCCCAACACUCCCUAAUGCCCCUCUACAGCUGCAGAAAGCAUUCGGGAUUGCAGCUGGCCAGCUUUCCGUACAGGAGCAUCGUGGGCUGCUCUGCCAGCAGCAGAUGCAGGACCUUUGCUCUGCCCCACAAGGAUCCCUGUGUCCAAGGAUCACCCCUGCCAAGGUGCACCCCCCUGGAGGGGGAGGCGCUCACCGGCCUCUGAGCGAUCCCAUGUCCUGUGCCCUCGGCAGGGUCCUCCAGCCACACCUCACCAGCUGGACCUCUGGCCAGGGACCUUCUCUGGACACACCUCGGUGCCACAGAGCUGCCAUCACCCAGCACGCAAGAGGCACAACAAGCAGCGACUCCACACAGAGACACAUUUGGGACAACUUUACUCCCGGUACCAGCGUGUAGGCUUUCUUUACAGGAACCAAAAAGAACUUCUUUUUAAAAAAAAAAAAAAAAAAUUGGUUCAUUUACUCUUGCUAUUUGGUUUUUUAUUUUACCAUUUAAUUUUUUUUUAAAAAAGCAGUUUCUCCUGAAAGCCAUCACUUGUAAUAAAUCUAUGAGCCAGUGUACUUGGUUGUUUCCCUCGUGAUCACCUCGGAGGUGGCAGGGGUGGUGGGGACAGGACAUCCUGGCACUCAGCACUACGAGCUCCGUCCCUGGCCCACGGCACAGCCGGGGCCCCGCAGCUGCGUGGCUCCCUGCUUUCCGUGUGAUCCCUGUACUCCUUCAGUGAGUGGUGUUUUGUCGCCCAUGGUGGGACACGGUGGGAAUCCUCAGGUGCUUCGCAGAGGUGUCCUGGGAGAGCUCUUGGCCCUUGGAGAGCCCGGUGUCCGGCCCCAGGAGGAUGCCUGCUGCCCCAGCACAGAUGCACAGCUGGGCCACCCUUAUGGAGCCACUUCUACAGUGACAGUGUCGGAUGGUUUAAUUGACUUUAUUUAUUCAUUUGCUUUUUGUUGCAGGAGCAGUUUUCAGAUUGACUGAAAAUUCAGUAGAGGUUUUUUUUAUUGAACAGUUACUCAAGUCAAAGGGGGACCUGAACAAUCUUGAGAGUAGAAAGGGGCAGCCUUGCCAUGCAAAGAGGAAGAGUUAUUGUUUUUUUAAUUAUUAUUAUUAUUAUUAUUAUUAUUAUGUAGGACCACAGACAGCCUCCCUUUGAAGCAGUCAGGUGCUUACAGCCAUAUAUGGUUGGAUUCUUUUCUAGAAGGUCAUAAAUUAGCAACUUAUACUUUAUCUUUUAAAAAAUUGAAUAAAUAAAUAAAUUACUUGAGAGAGAGAGAGAGAGUCAGUCACAACAAGCAAAGGCUUAGAACACAAGAAGUGAAAAUGACCAAAGCAAAAGACAAGAACUGCAGAAGAAAAGCCUGGGUUCAAUUUGGUUUGCACUCAAUGCAGUUUGGAAGCAUUGUUGAUAAAGGUAUUUCAUAUACCAAAAAAGGCACCACAGUAACUACAAAGCCAAAUCCUGCGGAGGGUUUCCGUGGGGUGAAGGAGGGCAGCAGCGUGGCCAGAGCAGACACGACUCCAUGCGCAGCAGCUACCCCCUUUCAGCUUGUCCACUGCAAAUCAGAACGGUUCCAUUUUGCAUUUGGUUUUGCUGCCUCUGUUGUUAAAAACACAAAAUAAUAAUAAAGGACAAAUAUGAAAAGUGGCAAAGGGGACAAUGUUCCGAUUUUGCAACAGAACUGGUGUAGGGUUAAGUUUGAAAUGAUCAGAGCGGGGCUGCUGGUACAGAAUUCCCCUGGUUCGCUGCAUGUGCCCCUCAUGCCCCACAGCAGCAGCUCUGGCCAUCCCAGUGCCAACGGGGACACCGGUACAGCCCCAACCCCACAUUCCACCUUAGC